AUGAGCCGUGACACCACCAAUGACAAGCACGUCGACACUGCCAACACCAUGAGCCCUUACGAAGCCAUGCAACGUGACAUCUCUUCAUGGAUACGCGAUCCAACAGCUGUUCCAGUGGCGACUAAUGUCAAUCUAUCCCUGACACAGCCUGGGUUUGACAGCGCCCUGAACGGUAGAAUCUCUGGCAACAAUCCACCCCUGGGUGAGCCCACACGCAUUGAUUCUAAACAUGUCAAUGAGCCUGGACAAGUUCAAGCUGAUAGCUUCGCGGUUCAUGUCACAACUGCCGAUAACUAUUGGUACGCAGCUCAAGCCCAACAGGACUUAUUUGAGCUUUGGGAGAACGGGGUGAGAGAUGCUUUUGCGAGGACCUCCAUGUUCACAUGGAUGGACCAGGACUUUGGUGUAGCUUCUCCCAUGAACCAGCCUGCACAAGCUCAGUCUGAACUCCUGGCAAAUGGUGCAAAUCAUGGCACUGGUCACCAAUCCACGGCUCAGCUUCAAGCUCAGAGUCGGUCUGGAACCCCCAUGAGUGACGGAGACUCCAGUGUGACUCUGUGCCUCGAUGACUAUGCAUGCAUUCGGUCUGACACGCCAAGCGAUGGAGACUCCAGCGUGACUCUACACACUUUUCGGUCUGGCACGCCCAUGAGUGACGAUGUGGACGAUGACAUGAGCGAUGACAUCGACGAUGACAUCGAUGAUGAUGGCUUUGAAGAUGAAGAAGAUGAUGAGAUGGGCAAUGACAGGUGGAAUGAAUCCGCCCAGGUCAUCAUCGAGGAUUUAUGGGAAGAACUGCGCGAUGGCAAGGUGAUUCGGUUGGCGGGUGACUCCAUGGAAGAUUCCGUGAGCGAUGGCAUGUACGAUGCCGACGACGCCCGGGCUGAGAAGAUGAGCGAUGUCAUCAAUGAAGUGAGCGAUGACGCGAACAAUGCGUCUGAUAGAGAUGGCUUGAGUGAUGGAAGCGCUCGGACCCUUCCACCCAUCGACUUCAUCACUCCAGCGCAACUUAGAGCGCAUAUGGUGAGCGUUGAACGCUCUGUUGUCGAUGAUAUGCUCAUGUCCGACUCAGUUCAGGUUCAAUUCACCGGGACCAUGGACGGUGAGGAUGCCGACAUCAACAGUCCACCUCUGGUUCAUCCUAUACCACUCCGAGUACAGCCGGACUUUGACUCAGUCAUCAAUCAUGUUGAGACACCUGCAGACGAAGGAGAUGCUCCGCGUCUGUUCAUCAACCCCUCUCUCACUCCGGCUGACUACCUGACGGGUCAUCUGGCGGGAACCAUGCUAGGGUAUACACAUGGGAUGGGGCUAAGCAGUGUCCACAUGUGCUACCUCCCAGAGAUCCCAAGGCGCCUGGAACAGAGCGUCGCUCUACGCAACGCGGCGUAUUAUUUCUGUUACACGUGGCACCAGUUCCAUCUUGGCAGACUGCAAGAUGUCGAUGAGAGUUACGGGUACGCCCGAGCUUCUCAUGGCAUUCGAGAUGAGUUGGAGAUGGUGCUUCGCUUUGCCAAAUAUGGACUGGCUGAUAGGCUCGUGACCCCCGAGCUCCUGACUGCCUUGACUUUGACUGAGCGAACCUUGAAGCUUUUCCUCCAGGGGAAGAAAGCUCCCGAGUACGCUCGCUUGUGCAAGAACUUGAUUGCCGAACUUUGGCUGGUCAGAGGACCACCCGACCUCAACGACCCCCUGGAUACGGCCGUCUCCAAUGAGAUUCAUGGGCUUCUGAUCCGUGAAGGCUGCGAGGUGGACAUCACCUGCAUCUCCGAUACUCCGUGGAAUGAGGCCCUUGCACUAUGUGCUGUAGGAAGGCCUACAUCCGUGGACUGCCCUGACACGGAUAACCGUCCAUUCAUGAUCAACGACCAUAUCAAACUCCACGAGUAUAUGUCAAAGCUCGAGCCGCUGUUCAUGGACCUGAUGCGGAUUUGCAGGAACCCUUUCGGCACAAAGCUCCUUGCUCGCGAGGUUCUGUCGCGGCUGCAGGUGAUCAAAGACACGGCACUCUUCGUCAGCGUGAGCUCAAGUUCAGAGAGCCGAAGGCCUCUUGAGCAUGAUCUGCGGCCGGCGGUGCAUUACUUCGGCAAGCGCUUCUAUCUCAAGUCCGUCAUGCUGGCGCACAUGUUCCAGAAAAUGAUGAUGCACGAGUUUGUGCCCUUGCAGGUGGUGUACGAGAUGAGCUAUGCGAUUGGCAUAUCGCCCGGCAGCUACCUCGAGUUUUUUGACAAAGCCGAGUACGACACGCCAGAAUAUGAGGUUUGGACUCGGAUUCCGCAACGGAUACUUGACCUCGCGGAGAAGGGUGCCAGGCAUUUUGAGCCAUGGUGUUUCAAGCCCGCGCCACUGCUGGCUGUUGGUGUCGUAACAGAUGAUGGUCCUUCUGGAACGGGAUUCACCUCUAUGAUAUGGCGUCCUGUCGAUGAUAGGAGGCUGUUGAACAUGCCAUUUCGUGAUUUAUAUAAGCUCCGGCUUCACUCGUCCCUGCACAGCGGUCACGGGCUGUAA